AUGAAAAUUGCCAGUGCCAGUGCCGCGGGUUUAGGUUUGCGAUUCCAGGGUGUGAGUUCAUUGUUUGAGGCAUGUGGAUACAACGUUCAUGGCCCUGCUUUGCAGGAAAAGGCCUGGGUCUUGGAGAGAGUGCAACGAGAGGUGGAGACCUGCGAUCACUUGGGCGGCUUUUUGGUGCGCAGAGCGGCAAUGGGGGGAGAGAAACUUCAAGCUGGUGUGCAAAGGACACGCCAGCGGUACACCUGCAGGCUGGUGUCUCUUCUGGCUGUGGUUGCCUUGGUCAUAGUUCUGAUCAGAGGCAGCCCGAGCUUCCAUCAAUCCCAGCUACUUCGAGGUGGGGGUCUAGGGGCCAAAGUUGCCACACUCUUCGCAAAAUUGGAUGAGGGAGAAGGAGAACUGCCUUACGACAAUCCAGAUGCGUCGAAUCCAUUCCUCUAUCCCAGUGCAGAGCAGCAAAGAAAGUACCACCUGCCGGUACUCCACCGUGGUUAUGAUUGCUGGCAGAGCUGUUUGGGUGCUGGCAUUUGCUCGGAUUUCUGCGGUGAGGGCAAUGCUUGUUGCCGCAAGGGAGCCACCAACGAUCCACCGGAGUGUGCAAAGAUCACAGACUUCUGGACAAAUCAUCACGAGUGUGUGAAACCAGUGGUGCAAAUCGAGGUGAAUCACUUCGCACAGGACUGCUGGGAGCGCUGCCAAAUCGGUGGCGACUGCAAGUGGUGUGGCAGUGGAAGUUCCGCUUGCUGUCGAAAGAACAGCACCUUAGAUCCGCCGGAGUGUCAGGGUGUGGUGGAUUGGCCCACGGACAGACAUCAUACCUGCGUGACACCUGUGAAGGAUGUCGAAGUGAAACAUGAGGGUCAGGACUGCUUCGAAUUUUGCGGAGGCCGAGGGUCCUGCAAUUGGUGCGGUGAAGGCAAUGCAUGUUGCAAAUAUGGAGACCAUUUUGAUGUUUCGGAAUGCCGUGCUGUGGUCUAUUACUCUACUCUGGAGCAUCAUGUUUGCGUGAAACCAUCGUUUCCAAAGCCUUUGACAAUGCCUGGACUUCCUAGGGUCGACGAGACAGACUGCGCUGAAGGCCUGGUGAUGGACCCCAUCACAAGGCGCUGCGGCUUGUCACAUGAGCCUCAGCUCUAUACGUUCUACGUCUACAGGCUCGGCAAUGGCAGCUGGACGAACGCCAAUGCAGGGAGCCUAGGUGCAGUGUUGUACACCAUCCACAGCAAGAUCUUAGGAUGUCCGCGGCAACGUGGAAUUGACAGGAUUCACCGACUCAAAGUGACCAUGAAGAAUACGGAAAAGUUGAUCAGGAAAUCUGGCGAUCAGUUUGGUCCAUUGCAUCGAUUCAGGAAUGGACAAUGCAUCUCUUCCUUUUGCAAUGACACAUUCCGUGAGUUUGGUUAUACAGUUGGCUGCUCAACAACCUCUAGCGGACAGAGCAGUUAUCCUUCACGUUCACAUCCUGCAUGGUAUUCACUGCCGGGAGCAUGUCCGAGUCUUCCCGAAGGGCAAAAGACAGAGAAGUGCAUUGCAGACUUUGCUGGCGGUGAAUGCGCGGAUCCCAACGGAAGUCACAGCUGCACCUACCACAUCGAAGAUGCAGGAAGUGUGACGCUUGAUGAGCUCAGCGGAAGAGACAACUCGACGAGCUUGAAGGACUGGUGCGCAGCUGGAAAUGUGGAGUAUGACCCAGCGACGGAUCGAGGAGUUGGGAUGCACUUCUGGGACCAACUGAACAAUGGCUCGGUUGGCAAGGAGAGGAUGUACAAGUUGGCUUACCUCUUCUACAAGAAAUAUCCCUCCUUUCCGAGACGUUUGCCUGAGCCGUGUAUGCGGACUCACUAG